AUGCUCAAUAAUAACAACAGAACAGAUGCGUUGCGAGCGCGCUUGAUCAUCUAUGUUCUGACAGCAACGGUUAUCAUUCCGUGUCAAUUCCAACUCGAAGCUAUGCCUGCAACCCUGAAUGGUCGAGACAGCAUCAUAACUGCAGGCACUGGCAGUGGGAAGACACUGUGCAUCAUAAUUCCUAUCCUACUUUGUCCGGGUACUGUGACCAUGACGAUUUCGCCACUCAAAUGGCUCCAGGCCACACAGGUUCUUGAGUCUGUGAAAUAUGGCAUAAAUACAAUAUCCAUCAAUAAGGACACACCAAAUGAUCCAUCUCUUUGGGAGGACAUUCAUGCUGGAAAGUUCUCGCAUCUAAUUGUUUCACCAGAACAGUUAUCUAUGUUUAAUGGGCAUCUCCCAUGUCUUGCCCGACUCAUUCGACAAGAUCGGGCCUUCACUCAACAAAUCAAGCGUGUACAUGUUGAUGAAGCCCACAAUAUCUAUAUAGCAGGACUGUCACAUCACGGAGAAGAAGCUUUUUGA